UUUUUUGAUUGAGUCUUUUUAUAAUUUUGUUCACCUAACUAAUUACAUUACCUGUGCAAAAAUUUCAACGUUUUACUAUUAGUGGAAAAUGUUGCUCAACGCGAGUUUAAAAUUUCAUGAAUUUUUCUCUGGUGCUAAGAGUCCUCUCUUGUGGAAAACAAAUAAAAACCCAAGAGUUUAGUGUUUUGUUGAACGAAACAAGAGAGUUAUACCUUAGAAAUUAUGGUUGGUAUAACAUGCCAAGUUCAGUGCAUAAAGUUUUAGUACAUGGAUGUGAUGUAAUUAAAUACUUUGAUUUACCAAUAGGUUCAUUAUCAGAAGAAGCCUUAGAAUGUUCACACAAAAACAUAAGAAAAUAUCGGCUUAAUCGUUCUCGAAAAACUGGAAGACUACAAAGCAAUACGGAUUUAAUGACUCGUUUGAUAUUAUCGUCAGAUCCAUUAGUUGCAUUUAAAAGAAAUAUAAAACAGAGAAACAAAUAUUUAAAGGGUUCUGAUCUCAGCUUUAAUAAAUACAUUGUUGAAAGUGACGAAGCAGACAAAAGCAUGGAAUCAUUUGAAUCAGUGAUCACUUCCUCCUCUUCUGAGGACUCUGAAACUGAGUGAUUAUAACAACUAGUUCGGUUUUUAUUAACAUAUUAUAUGUUAUUACCAUAUAACAGCUAUUAUUACUUACAUACUCAACAGUGAUUAUGCUUUAUUUUAAAUGAAAUCAAAAGAAUUUUUUUUUCUAAAGGUUAACAUGUAAGGAAAACCGACUUAAUUUUUCAAAUUACCAUAAUGUAUUCACUUAGGAAGUAAAGUUUAGACGAAUUUUGACUAUUAAGACUAUUUUUCUGAACACUUAGCAACAAUGAUAUGCCAUAUUUCAUUUUUAAAUAAUCAUGUGCAAAAACUCGGUGUUUUUUUAAUGGGUACCCGUUACAAAAAAACCGAUUACUUUCUUAAAAUUAGAGUAAUAUAGACA